CCCAUUCCUAUCUGACCCGAUAAAUUCGAUAGAUAACGAUAGAUAACUGUUCUGUCAUCCCGCAAAACAGAAAAUUAGAAGAAGUUAUGAGCCUUAAUUACGAACAAAAUGCGGCAGACGAGCAGUUCGCACGUGCACACAAGGCAGUCAGCCUGUCGGACGACGAGGAGAGCGAGGGUCCAGCGGAGUCCACGUCUGCCCGAAAUCAGGAGCCGCAUUUCAGUAAAUCACCCAGGGAGUUCCUCGAUGAGCCUGGCGGGAAGGCUGAAGGAAGUGGUGGAGAUGACCGGGAGGAGCUGGAAAUAGAUGCUGCCGUCGGAGCGGCCAACACACAUGUGGUGGCACACCACUACAACGAGCUGAAGGAGGCGGGGCGCAAGGAUCGUCAGAAGUCCCCCAUCUUCUUCUUGCGGAACUUCAACAACUGGAUCAAGAGUCAACUGAUCAACGAGUACAUGUCGCAGAUCAAGCAGAACAAACGCAUGGGGGAUGCUCUCAGAGUUCUGGACAUGUGUUGCGGCAAGGGCGGUGACCUCCUCAAAUGGGAGAAGGCUGCCAUCUCCCACCUCAUCUGCACGGACAUUGCCGAGGUGUCCGUGGAGCAGUGCCAGCGGCGGUAUCAGGACAUCUUGCAGCGAGCGGAGAAAUCGAAGUUUGCGAAUAAGUUCACCGCGGAGUUCUUUGCCUGUGACUCCACAUUGGUGCGUCUGCGGGAACGGUACAAGGAUCCUUCGCUUCAGCUGAAUCUCGUGUCCUGCCAGUUUGCCUUUCACUAUUGCUUCGAGUCAAUGGCGCAGGCGGAUUGCAUGAUGCGGAAUGCAGCCGAGUGUCUGAAACCGGGUGGCUUCUUCAUAGCCACAAUGCCGGAUGCGUACGAGAUCAUACGGAGGCUUAGGGCAGCCGGUCCGGAUGCUCGGCGUUUUGGUAACAAUGUGUACAGCAUUGAAUUUGACUGCGAAACGGAUCCUUUGCCCCUGUUUGGAGCCAAGUAUCAGUUCCACCUGGAGGGCGUCGUCGAUUGUCCCGAAUUCCUGGUGCAUUUCCCCACGCUGGUCAAGCUGGGUAGGAAAUACGGUCUGCAGCUAUUGAGGCGCUCCACAUUUGCGGAUUACUACAAGGAAAGUCUCCCCCACGGUCGACAUCUUCUGCAGCGAAUGUCCGGCUUGGAGGCGGUGCAGGCGCAGCGCUGCGAGAAUGAUGAACAGUUCGCCCACGUGCAAAACUUCCAGGGAUCACAGCGAGGCCGGACGCUGGGUACCCUUUCAAAAUCGGAUUGGGAAGCAGCAACUCUUUAUCUGGUUUGUGCCUUCAAGAAAUGCAAAAACACGUGGGACACCAAUGGCAAACCAUUGUUUGAAUUUGACGACUGAAAAUUGCCAAAAAAAAAAAAAAGUUAUAGAUUAUUUUUCUGUAUCCGUGGCUUAGCACUUUUAAAGUUUAUACUCGAAAGCAUGAGCAGAUUAUUAAUUUCUGAAAGGAAUAGCUCGUAAGUUAAUUUUUGUAAAACUAAGCUAUGUUUGUUUGUGUUCAUAGGUUUCAAUUUAAACUUUACUGUCCAGUCUAGAAGCUAUUUAACAAAGAAAGAGACAAUUUUACAAUUUCUAUAUAAAUCGAGAAUGCCAGGAUCAAUCAUAAAGCUUUUGUAUUUCUUAAAACUACAAAUUUCCUUUUACUUAUGAGUCAGUACCAUAGUUAGAAGAAAUGUAUUUAUAAAAAUUGUCUGAAUACAUUUUACACGCAUAUAAAUUCAAAGGUAGGCAUUUUAACAGCUUACAUAAGCUAAUUAGUUGGAGAUUAAUAAAAUAAUUUCAAUUGAAAA